CCUGCUGCAGUGAUAUUGUUGGAAUUGCUGCUAGCACACGGGCUGCCUUGCUGUGUCUUUCAAGGGCGAAAACCGGUGUCAUCCUCUGGAAAUUAAUCAGAGAUGGUGCAACGGGAGGUUGUAUCUAAGGUCCAUUGCUGGUGUGUGAUAUAAACGGAGCCGAUGGAGGUCGUGGUCUCUUUCGGGGCGCAGGACAACGUGCUGCUGGCCAACAGUGCCGAGCAGAGUGGCAACCGCUGGAAAACACCCACCGACGAUCCUGACCGCAGCUCCAGCCCCUGUGUCCUGCGCUCGGUCGCUACCUCCUGGAAGGAGGGGCUCCUGAACAGGAAGAGGCCAUUCGUGGGAAGGUGCUGUCACUCAUGCACCCCUCAGAGUCAGGAGAGGCUGUUCAAUUCCAGCAUCCCCUCCCUCGGUCUGCGCAAUGUGAUUUACAUCAAUGAGACCCACACCAGACACCGCGGCUGGCUGGCCAGGAGGCUCAGCUAUGUGCUGUUUGUCCUGGAGCGUGAUGUGCAAAAGGACAUGUUUGCCCGCAACAUGGUGGAGAAUGUGCUCAAUGACGGCAGGGUGGAAAGUUCCAUUGUAGAGGUGGCCAGAGAGGCCAGCCCUGCUGCCAUGGAACCGGGCGUGGAGCAGAAAGCAGUCAGCAAAGUAAGGCGAAAAGCUCGGGGAAUCCUGCAGGAAAUGGUGGCCAACAUAUCACCAGCAUUCAUAAGGCUGACUGGCUGGGUGCUGCUGAAGCUCUUCAAUGGGUUCUUCUGGAGCAUCCAGAUCCACAAGGGCCAGCUGGAGAUGGUGAAGAAGGCAGCCACAGAGCACAACGCCCCCCUGGUCUUUCUGCCUGUGCACAAGUCCCACAUAGACUACCUACUCAUCACCUUCAUCCUCUUCUGUCACAACAUCAAAGCACCGCACAUUGCUGCCGGCAACAACCUCAGCAUCCCCAUCUUCAGCACUCUCAUCCGCAAGCUGGGCGGCUUUUUCAUCCGGAGGAAGAUGGACGACUCCGCCAAUGGGAAGAAGGACAUCCUGUACAGGGCUCUGCUGCACUCGUACACUGAGGAGCUGCUUCGUCAGCAGCAGUUCCUGGAAAUCUACCUGGAGGGCACUCGGUCCCGCAGUGGGAAGCCGUCCCCGGCGCGGGCGGGCAUGCUGUCUAUUGUGGUCGACUCUCUGUGUGCCAGCACCAUCCCCGACGUCCUCAUCGUCCCUGUGGGCAUCUCCUACGACCGCAUCAUCGAGGGCAAUUACAACAGCGAGCAGCUGGGCAAGCCCAAAAAGAAUGAGAGCCUGUGGGGCGUGGCCUGUGGAGUGUUCCGGAUGCUGCGCAAGAACUACGGCUGUGUCCGGGUCGAUUUCACACAGCCUUUCUCCCUCAAGGAGUACCUGGACACCCAGCGAUCAAGGCAGCUUCCUGCUCCCCUUUCUCUGGAGCAGAUCCUGGUCCCUACCAUUAUAUCAGCGCAGCCCGACCAGCCCCUCGUCAAUGGAGUGGAAGAGGAAGCGGGCUCCAGAGAGCUGUCCGAUGAGCCCUGGAGAAGGCAGGUCAUCGCCAACCUGGCCAAGCACGUACUCUUCACCGCCAACAAGUCCUCCGCCGUCAUGUCCACCCACAUCGUGGCCUGCCUGCUGCUGUACCGGCACAGAGAGGGCGUGGUCCUGUCCAAGCUGGUGGAGGACUUCUUCAACAUGAAGGAGGAGAUCCUUUCACGGGACUUUGACCUGGGCUUCUCCGGCAACUCGGAGGACGUGGUCAUGCACGCAUUGCACUUGCUGGGCAACUGCGUAACCGUGACGAGCGCCAACCGCAACACGGAGUUCAUCAUCGCCCCCAACAGCACCGUCAACGCCCUGUUCGAGCUCAACUUCUACAGCAACGGCCUGUUCCACGUCUUCAUCACCGAUGCCAUCAUAGCAUGCAGUGUGUUGGCGGUUCUGAGAGAGCAGGUGGCAGAGGCAGAGCAGGGGUCCUCAAAAACACUGCUCAGCCAAGAGCGUCUCAUCAGGAAGGCCGCUGGACUCUCCCACUUCCUGUCCAACGAGGUGGCCGUGGCGCUGCCCUGUCAGAUGAUCUAUCAGGUGUUCCAUGAUGCUGUGAGCCGGUUAAUCCAGUACGGCGUUCUCUAUGUGGCAGAGGAGGACCAGGAAGAGCUCAGUCCCAGCCCCACCGAUGAACCCUGGCCCAAGAAGUUCCCCGAGCCCCUCUCCUGGCGCAGCGAUGAGGAGGACGAGGACAGCGACUUCGGCGAAGAGCAGAGAGACCGCUACCUGAAGGUCAGCAUGUCCCCGGAGCACCAGGAGUUUUUCACGUUCCUGCAGCGGUUGCUGGGCCCGGUCCUGGAGGCGUACAGCGGCGCAGCGAUCUUCGUGCACGGCCUGCACCGGCCCGUCGCCGAGAGCGAGUACACGCAGCAGCUCUUCCGAUACCUGCUCACCCGCACCGAGAAGAAGGUGGCUGCCUUCGGGGAAAGUGCGACACACUACCUCGUGAAGAACACAGUAAGAACAUUCAAGGAGCUGGGGGUCCUGAAAGAGAGACGUGAGAACAAAGUCCAGGUCCUGGAACUCAGCAGCACCUUCCUACCUCAAGCAAACCGAACCAAGCUCCUGCAGUACAUCCUGGACUUCACUCUCCUGUAACGCGCAACUUAAUCCUCACUACGCCAUGAGAACGCGCACACACACACACACACACACGCACACACACACGCACACACACUCUGCAAAAAGGGCUUUUGCUGGCUAGUUUAAAAAGGGUGCUAUUCUAUGGCAAAGCUUUACCUAGAAGUGCCUUCAUAAAAUUAAUACGUUGGAAAAAAAAAGAGGCUUUUAUUCAGUCUUCCUCCUGAUGAGAUGUUCAAAAUGUGACGUGCAGCUAAUCACUCAGAGCAGUGUGGUGCACCUGCUGCAGCCUGUGAUUGUGCUUUUGAGUGUUUUGCCAGUGAAAGCCCUGACUUUUAAUUUGCUCUGUCUUUUAACUGCUAGAAUGACUUUUUAUUACUCUAUGGUGUUUAGUCGCUCUCUAGGACAUGAAUGUCAUGCUUUGCACAGAACUGGUUGCCUUCAGUGUAAAAAUGCUGAAUGUACAUUACCGUCAUAAAAGACGAAGAUUAUGACAAUAAAUUACAAUAAUGAUAAAACUAUGAUAAAUGACGAUAAUCAAGGGCAUUUUAUUCUGUACGCUUGUGACGCAUGUCUCUAGAAGAUUUUAAAAACAAUGAAAUCUCAAGGCUCCUCCCCAUCACCACGGAAAUGUUAUUAUUUAAAAAAAAAAAAAAAAAAAGAUGCGUGUAGGUUUGGGUUUCGAGCGUAAGGGCGAUGCGGGCCUCGGAGGGUGUGAGCUCUCAGGUGCAGGGGUGUGUCCUGCAGAAGACUAGCGGUGUUUACUGUGAGCAGCAGAGAGAGCAGGGUUUGGGAGGGCUGGGUGUGUCCUCUUGGCCCCAGCUUGGGAUGUGGAUGGCAGAGCAGUCAGUAUGGGGCAUUGUCAGUGGUGGUAGGCUACUCUCUAAGAUUUGGCAGGUUCUCGAUUUUAUGAGCGCUGCUUCCUGUCCGCUGGCGUUGAGAUCAUGGCCAGCGUUGUGCGUUAGGUUCUGUCAGCGUUGCUGCGACAUUGUGGUGAUGCUUCUGCAAUGUUGCAGAGGGCUGCAGUUGGAUGUGAGCUUCAAGUGUUGCUACACAGAGCAGUCCAAUGAGCAAGAAAUGUGUCAGUGUUAGUCAUUGUACAACAGAGCAGAGCUUGUUUGUGGUUUUGUGUGUGUUACAUUUCGCUUGUGUGUCAUAGUAAGCACUCUUUCUUCACGAAGAUGGUGGAGGGCAGGAUUCUCUUUUUUUUGUCUACUUCCUGUGUUGUUCAUUCGUGUCUUUUUCAGUUCUUUUGUCUUAGCGUAUUCCUCUUGACUAGGUUUUGCAGUAGAGCGUAGCCAUAGAGCAGCGAACGGAAGCAUGUGGUUUAGUAAGAAUAGUAAGCAUGUGAAAUGCGAAAUCUCCCAUGAAUGUGAAGACUGGCAGUUGUCUGUGAUAUCAACAUCAAGGUGUCCAAUCAGAGAUUCAGUCCUCAGAGUGUGAGAAGGUUGGUUUAAAAUGGGGACUGCCAGGCAGUCAUCUGUUACAGAAGCCAUGACUGCAGCUUGUUUAAUAAUGGAUUACGAUAUUUCAGAACAAUUUUUUUUUUAAUAAACUAAAAUCACCUCAGUCCAGUCUUGAAAUGACAAAUAAGAGAAUGCACUUUUAAUAAUAAUGACAGAUGGUGAUGAUUGAUUCCCUUUUGUUCCAUGCUAAUACCGUGAGUUUAAUCUGCCCUGAAGAUAACUCCAGCGGACUAGAAAGAAGUUUUUCCCCUCAUAACUUUGGUAGAGGGGCUGUGUCUGGCAAUGAGUCUUUAAGUUUGUUUCCUGUUUGGAAGCAUUAUAGAUAUACAGUCUGACCACACAGAAGACCUAGACAUACACCAGCUGACUCUGUGCAGUUCCUAACAGACUGGCACCUUGCUGGAGUCGUAGGCUGCUUUAGGAUAAAAAAUGGUUUGAUUCAUGUGCGGAUGUCUUUAUAUACCCGCACAUAUACUGUAUGUUUAGCACAUUUAGUAAAAUUUGUGAAUGAACAGUUCAACAGUAAAACCCAGGGUCAGUUCUUGUUUGGCCAUAUGAUGCAUGUACAGGAAUCACUUCUUCUGAAACCCCCCAUCCAGAGGCCUCACUAAAAUAACUGGGCAUCUUGUGUGUGUGAUGUCAUAAAGGAUGGGCCAGGGAGAGAUGAAUAGCAUUUUUGAUGUCACAGUAGUGAGACCCUGCCCGUUGCUACAGUAACCCCCAUUGUUCCACUCGGAACCCCUGAGGCCUGGUCCUGCUGGCAUGUCUGCAUUUGUGGAACAGGAAUGCAUUUUUAACUCGUUUAUGACUUAUAAGCCAUACACUGUAAUGACUACUGUGAAAACCUAUGCUCUCUCACCUCACCAGCCAUGAUAUGACCAUGCAAGUCUUGUUUGCAUUUCUCAUUAUGUUGUGUCAGGAUUUUCUCCGAACUGAGUUUAACUUAUUUCGUAGAUGUUGGGUGGGGGUGGGGUUUGCAUUAUCAUCAUCUAGCGCACAAGGCAGAGCAUCUCCUUUGUAAAGGCCGGAUAUGCUCUGAUCUUUUUCCAUGACUGCAGAUGUUUGAAAAUGGGUGUUUUCUCUUUGAGCUGAGCUCUGACCGUUGAGCUAUGCCUGCAUGGAUAGUGUGUACCGCAGUCUGGGGUUGAUGUUGGCUUGUGGGAUAAUGCUGAAGGUGGAGCAUGUGGCACACCCUGCCUCCAUGUUGAGGAACAGUUUUUCACUGUGCACAAAGAUCUUACCUCACAGGAAAUACGGAGCACACACACCUUGCACAGUGGUAUUGGUGUAUGGAAUUGUCGCACAGUUGGUUUCAGUCGGGUGGUUUGGCUGCGGGCAGGGCU